ACAAAAAUUAUUAAAUAAUACUCCAGACAAAAGCAUAUUCAAAAUGUUUUUGACUAUUCUUCUAAUUCUCGUAACCUUGACAAUACUAUAUUUGUACAUUUUUAAGUACAAAUACAAAUAUUGGGAGCGUCAUGGCAUCCCAUAUUCAACUCCUGUAUUCCCAUAUGGAAACAUCAUUCUUGGAAAAGAAUUACAUUGGGGACAACAAACUCUUCGUGAUUAUUUGAAGUUUAAAGAUCAAAGUCCAAUUUAUGGCGGCUUUCGUAUGGUUACGCCUUGUGUUUACGUUACGUCACCUGAACUCGCAAAAAGCAUGAUGAUCAAGGAUUUUCAUUCAUUUUACGGAAGAGGAAUGUACGAAAACUAUCGAGAUGAUCCAUUAUCGGCGCAUUUGUUUAAUCUAAGCGGACCUCGUUGGAAGAAAUUACGUGAAAAACUGACUCCUGUCUUCACAACUGGCAAAAUAAAGUACAUGAUGCCAACUUUGACAAAGGUUGGAGAGAAUUUAGUUGAAGCUUUAAGUGACGAAGUAAAAAUUGAAUCAACAGUCGAUAUGAAGGAAUGGAUUGCUCGUUUUACUACAGAUGUAAUCGGUACAGUAGCAUUUGGAUUGGAAUGUAACAGCUUAAAAGAUCCUGAAGCUGAGUUUCGAAAACAAGGAAAACGUGUUUUAAGUGAAAUGAAUCCAUUAAAAAUUUUGAUGGCUUUGAACUUUCCGAAAUUCUCUCGAGAUGCUUUACAUCUAACAAUUACUCCAAAGGAUUUGACAGCUUUCUUCUUAAAAGCUGUAGAAGAUACUGUCAAUUUUAGAGAAGAGAACAACAUCCAAAGAAACGAUUUCAUGGAUUUACUCAUCAAAAUGAGAAACAAAGACAAAUCUAAUGAUUUUGACAAGGAUCAAGACAAAGAAGGGUUUUCUUUAUACGAAAUGGCGGCACAAGCUUUCAUUUUCUUCGUUGCUGGAUUUGAAACAUCUUCAACAUUGACUUCGUAUACUCUAUUAGAACUCGCUUUAAAUCCUGAGUUACAAACAAAAGCUCGAAAUCACAUCAACGAAGUAUUGAAAAAGCACAAUAACGAGUUAACGUACGAAGCUUUACAAGAUAUGACUUAUAUCGAGCAAUGUAUGAACGAAUCAUUACGCAAGUAUCCAACCUUGGCUUUGUUAUUCCGUGAAGCAACAGAAGAUUAUCCAAUUCCGGAAAUCAAUUAUACGAUCAAAAAAGGAACUUUUUGCCUUAUACCUUCUUACGCCUUUAACCAUGAUCCAGAAUUGUGGCCUGAACCGUCAAAGUUCGAUCCAGAUCGUUUUGAAAACUUUACAACCGCAAUGGGACAUGAAAAAGGAUUCUAUCCAUUUGGUGAAGGACCCAAAAAUUGCAUCGGAGAACGUUUUGGCAAAAUUCAAACCAAACUUGGACUUGUAAUGAUUUUGAAAAACUUUGAGCUUAUGAAAUCAGAGAAAACGGAAUUCCCUGUGAAGUUUAAUACAACAAUUGCAUUAUUGGCGCCCAAGAAUCCCAUUUAUAUCAAAAUGGAAAAACUGUAGAAAAUUCGCAGUUAAUGUGAUAUUUAUAUAAUUUUUGCAUAAUUUGUGUUUCAAUGAAAAAUAAAAUGAUUUAAUCUAUAUACAUCACACUAUAUAAAGCGAAUUAUAAAAAGAUUUUCUGUGGCAAUAUUUGCAUUGUGAUAAAGUGUUCAUAUACAAUUAUUGAGUUUUAAGGUCAAACUUAUUAAUUUUUUUU